GGACUCCCGUCCAACAGGGCAUCGGAGGAGGAGGUGUUCCUGGUGGCCAUCUUGGAUGUGCGGAGUGAUUGUUUGGCGAGAAGAAUUGACAUUUUUUUUUUUUUCAGAAAAAACAUCUUUUCUACCGAACCGGGGAAGAUUCACCGGAGUGCCGCGACCGAGGCAAGGAACCGCAGCUCGGACACAUCCAGUGAAAGAAGGCAUGAAGACAUCAUCCUAGUCAUCAGUCAUGGCCGAUAAAAGGAAACUUCAAGGUGAAAUAGAUCGAUGUCUGAAAAAAGUAGCGGAAGGAGUCGAACAGUUUGAAGACAUUUGGCAAAAGCUUCACAAUGCAGCAAACGCAAACCAGAAGGAGAAAUAUGAAGCAGACCUCAAGAAAGAGAUUAAAAAGCUACAGCGUCUUCGAGACCAGAUCAAGACGUGGGUGGCAUCCAACGAGAUCAAAGACAAAAGGCAGCUAGUAGAGAACCGCAAACUCAUAGAAACGCAAAUGGAGCGGUUCAAAAUAGUGGAAAGAGAAACGAAGACGAAAGCGUAUUCGAAAGAAGGUUUGGGUCUGGCCCAAAAGGUGGACCCGGCCCAAAAGGAGAAGGAGGAGGUCGGCACGUGGCUAACGAAUACGAUAGACACGUUGAACAUGCAAGUGGACCAGUUUGAGAGCGAAGUGGAGUCUCUUUCAGUCCAGACGAGAAAAAAGAAAGGAGACAAGGAGAAGCAGGACCGGAUCGAGGAGCUGAAGAAGUUCAUCGAAAAGCAUCGACACCACAUCCGGAUGCUGGAGACGAUACUAAGGAUGCUGGACAACGACUCAGUGCAAGUCGACUCCGUCAGGAAGAUCAAGGACGAUGUGGAGUAUUAUCUAGACUCGUCGCAGGAUCCGGACUUUGAGGAGAAUGAGUUUCUAUACGACGACCUGGACCUGGAUGACCUCCCUCAGACGCUGGUCGCUACCUCCCCACCGGGACACUCGCACUUGGAGGAUGAGAUCUUCCAGCACUCCAGCAGCACACCCACCUCCACCACCUCUUCCUCACCCAUCCCCCCCUCGCCUGCCACUUGCACUACGGAGAACUCAGAAGACGACAAGAAGAGGGGACGUUCAACGGACAGUGAAGUUAGUCAGUCACCUGUGAAGAACGGAAACCCCUCUUCCUCGUUAUCCUCUUCCUCUUCCUCCUCCUCCUCCUCUUCCUCCUCCUCCUCAUCCUCUUCUUCUUCCUCCGUCUCGGGGCUGACCCCGUCCUCGCUGGUCUCUAUGGCGACCAUCGCCGGGGGAGGAAGCGGCAGCGGCUCCGGGGGCAACAGUCACCACGGCAACUCGGGGGGUCUCCUCUCCAACACUUCCGCCGGCAGCUACAGCAACGCCACCCAGCAGCAGCCGCACCCGUCGGCACAGCAACAACAGGCCAAAAACUUAGUUAGCUCCCCGAUCUCCGCCCCCCUCUCCAACCCCAUCACCUCCACCAACAGCCACCCGACCUCCUCCUCGGCCUCCUCUCCCCCCAACGUCAGCACACAGGGGCUCUUCACUUCAAACACCCAGCCCCAGGUUCUGUCGGGGCCCCCGCCGACCUCCAACAGUCUGGGUCUCAGCCUCGGUCUCUCGCUGGGGAAAGGCGGCAUGUCCGGCUCCAUCACCACCAGCCCGAUGUCCGGGAGCCUGGGCCUGUCAGGGAUGCCGGCAUCCCUGAGCGCCAUGGCGAGUCUCCUCUCCAGCUCCACCCCGGCACCCUACGCUCAGGCAGCCGCCUCAGGCGCGGUCGGCUCCGGCCUACCGGGCUCCCUCGGCGGCAUCAUCACCACGACGACCAACACUUCACUGGGCUCCAUCGGCAGCGGAAGCAUCACAGUCGGCGGGCCGACGUCCUCGUCGGGAGGUCUGCUGGGCUCGGCGCCGGGGGUGAGCAGCAUCGGCUCCGGGAUCCUGGGGUUGAGUUCGGGUCAGUCGGGAGUGCAGGGGUCCUCCCUGGUGUCCCUGAGCCCAGUGGGAGGUUUAGCACCGGGUAGCGGAGUCGGAGUCAUCGGGAGCAACGGAGGCAGUUCGGGAUCAGCAGGGAGCGGAGUGGUGGGAGGAAACUCUUCGCUCUCCGUGAGGCCGCCCAGCCAACAGAAGCAGAACGGUAGCACUAACCUCACAGGUUACAGUGCUGUGGUAGCAGACAGCACAACAGACUCCGCCCUCAACAGUGCCAGCCAAUCACAAAGCAGCCAACCCUCGUCUUUGACCUCUACAGCCAAUCAGCCUAAGGACACUGGUUCCAGUUUACUGGGCUCUUUGAGUUUGUCGUCCAGCUCCCCGUCAGCGGCCUUCUACAGCGAGGCCAAAACGGUGAGCGGCGGCAGCCUGCUGAACGGACCGCUGUCCUACUCGCAGUCCUCCGACAUCAUUAAGCCCCAGGAGCCUCUGAGCAGCCUGAAGUCCAUGGCCGAGCGAGCAGCACUCAGCUCAGGGAUGGAGGGAGACGUGCCCUCCCUGCACCUCACCCCAGACAUCUUCCCCAGCAGCACUACGGCCCCCUCGGGCCCCCCGACAGCACCUCAGCCCUCGCUGUCAGAGGUCAGCAUCCCCCCGUCGUUGGGGGUCUGCCCGCUGGGGCCGGUUCCCCUGUCCAAAGACCAGCUCUACCAACAGGCCAUGGAGGAGGCGGCGUGGACGCACAUGCCCCACCCGUCCGACUCCGAGAGGAUCAGGCAGUACCUGAUGAGGAACCCGUGCCCCACCCUGCCUUUCCACCACCAGGUGCCACCGCCACUCUCCGACACUGUAGAGUUUUACCAGAGGCUUUCCACAGAAACACUCUUCUUCAUCUUUUACUACCUGGAGGGCACUAAGGCCCAGUAUCUGGCAGCCAAAGCCCUGAAGAAGCAGUCCUGGAGGUUCCACACAAAGUACAUGAUGUGGUUUCAGAGGCACGAAGAACCCAAGACCAUUACUGAUGAGUUUGAGCAGGGAACAUACAUUUACUUUGACUAUGAGAAAUGGGGCCAGCGGAAGAAGGAAGGCUUCACGUUCGAGUACCGGUACCUCGAAGACCGAGACCUCCAGUGACCUGCAGCAAGACAGACAGACAGACGGAUAAACGAACGAACGAACGAACGGACAGACGGCUGAGGAAGUGAGAGAAAGAGAGGGACAGAUGGAUGGAGAACAAAACAAAUGAAGAAGGCUGGACCACCUGCUGACAUUCCUGGAUCUGAUCUCAGCUCGUUGGGGAAAGGAGAUAUUCGGGCUGGAGGGGGGGCGAACCUUCCCUCCCUCUGACCCUCCAACCCCGGCAGUGAUUACUCCUCCCAGCCUGUCAUCCCUGCUCCUCCUCCUCCUCUUCCUCUAUCAUCAGGCCUUUUAUUCCCAUCUUUUCCCGAACUGGAACUCUCUUUAAAACAAGACUUUUGGUUUGUUUUGGCUGAUAAGACACAAAAAAUCACACCCAAAUAUUCAGACUAUCAUGUGCUUUUCCCCCUCUGUGUCAUCACUCUUAUGUUGGCUUUAAGAAACCUUUUUGUUUAUAUUAUUAGCCCCUUAAGAACCAAAGAUAAAUUGGUUAAUCAUACAGUACACAGGCUCCUCUUUCUAAACAAACUUAAAGAGGUAGCGAGUGCAGAAGCCUCGACCGCCGCCGCACACGCUACAUCUGUGUAGUGUCGGUGCUACAAUCUCUUCCAGUAUUUGUGGUAUGGAGCAGGGACGCAGCAGCAGCGGGGCAGGAAGGAGGUGAAAAACGUUGAGAAGCCAAGAUGAACCGAACUGAAAUCGGUCGGGAAGUUAGCGACCCGUAACCUGAACCUGUAAGGACCAGUACGGUUCUAGGUGUGUGCAUUUAGGUGCACCUGGCUAAAAGUAAUUCAGCAAUCCUGCAACAAAUCCUCCCUCCAUGAGGUUCUGAUCCAACUUUAUGAUUAUUAAGGAGUCAUUCUGAACUUUAUUGUAUUAUACAGAGAGGUGUUUCUGUAUUUUACCCAAGUAUAACUAAAGUAUAAUGCAAUGCAGUUCAACACUGACCUUAGACCUCGAUAAUGUCGGACCAACGCCUCUCGAAACCGGAUUCAACUUUAUAACCUUCAUGAAGGGAGAAUUUAUUGCAGACUGCAUUAGUUUCAGCCAGCUGUCCAUAAUAAACUCCACACAACGAGCACACGUCGGAUAAUCUGAACUUUCGCUUUAAGUCCCCGGUCGUUAACGUUCUUGUAGUUUCUGAAGAGUUUCACCUCGAAACAAAUCGUCCACAAUGAGGUUUUGUGCGAGACUCAACGUUUUUUUUCCUUCGUCGUCCGUGUCGGCUUCUCAACACGAACUCCUCCGCCAGCCAACAGUAGCUUAAUACAGUUUUUUUUUCCCGCCCUGCUGCUGCAGCCACCACGAGGGCUUGUUGAGCUUCAUGACUUCAACACCGAUGAGCCUCACAAACAAACCGGUAACACCUGCCUCCGGUGUGCAGCGGCUCUACCUUGACCCGACCCGACCGCCGCAGACGUUAACACUGACCCAACCAGUCUCUCCCUCGCAGCUCGACUGCCGAACGCCGGCCGCAGUCGCCGCCACUCGCCUCUCCCGCCGUCCUCAGAGGCCCUGCUGUAUUCUCGUGAAGCGGUGAAAAGCGUCCGGUUUUCUUUUUGUGAAUCCACCAGCCGCUGUGGUCUAAAAAUACCCUGCCCUGCCUACUCCCAUCUAGCCACAGUGGAGGAGUGUGACAACAACAGCCAGCGAGGUGUUGGUAGUAACUGUCUUUUACCUGGUGGGCAGUGUUAUAUCACAGUUUGCUUUGGAAACAAAAAGGGAUCAUCACUCGGGAGAAUAUAUUUACAGAAUUUUAUUUUAAAAAGUCUUGGUUUGGCCCCUCCAGCUUUCACGAGCUGUCUCACUGCCUUCACCUUGUUUCAUUCAAUCACAGGGCAGCUCACCCAAAGUACAGAAAACACAUUCCCCUAAUUAUUCUCCAGUGGUAUCGACUCACACACAGUUCUGGUUGGAUUUGUUUUGAGGUAUUUGAGAGUUCUGCCUCCACUCCGACACACUAGAGGAAACUGGAAUCUGAUUUGUGCAUAAAAAAAAAAAAAAAGAUUGAUUGCUUCUUGCCAAGCGAUGUAGAUGAGAAGAUCCAUAACCACUCGAGCCAGCAGCCUAUCAGCUUAGCUUAGCUGUGUCCAAAGGAAACAAAAUUAUAGACAUCGUUUGUUUUAAUGUGUAGAAAGUAUUAGAACGACAGGAGUUAUGUGUCUGACUGUUUCCUGGUUGCCUGGUAACCACAUAACAACUGCUCCGGGCCCCAAAAAAACACCAUUGUCCCACACGUUCCUCCACCAGUCGUUGUUCUAACACUAAACAAACGCCGUGUCUCCCAUAGAUAAAGAGAUCCUGAGAGAUUUCAGACUGAUUCUCCACCGGUUUUCAUGAAGCGUAGUUUGUUAGAGACGUGAGAAACUGAACCUGAUAGUGGUUACGUGUUAGAAUGAAUUCAGUCAGCGGAGGCGGAUCUAAUCAACUCUACGCUGCGUGUGUGUGAUGUAGAAAUCUACAUCUUCUAAAGCUAGAAUUGGAGCCUGAAUGGAUUCCCACUGGCAGCCAGAACCACGCUCAGUUUCUCACAUUUAUAACAAACUAGAUUUCACGAACAUCAGUUCAGAAUUAAACGAGUCGGGCGUGGAUUGUGUACCUGUGUUUCUGUAUCUGUGAUUUACCCCCCAGUUUCCAGUCUUUAUGCUAAGCUAAGCUCACAAAGCGCUGGCUGUAGCUUCACACCAUCGCACAGACACGAAGGUGGCGUCGAUCUUCUCGUCUCGCCGUCGGCACACAGACGUUAACGAUCUGUCGUAUCUCAGAGCAGAGCUACCUGCCGUCAGCAGUGAUACAGUGGUUAACACACCGAGCUCCAGCAGUGAUGGUUGUGAGAGUCGUGGGUGUCGGAUGCUACCAGCAGCUGGAUGGACAGUUUGUUAGUCUCCCACCAGCCUCCCCCUCCCUCUCCCCUCCCUCCCUCCCUCCUCUUCUCUCUGUGCUCAAGAGCACAAACUGAGCAACACCAGCACUGCUGCCCACAAUCUCCUGUGUCCUCCAGCUCUCUGCUCCAUGUUUACACACACACACACACACACACACACACACACACACACACACACACACACUGCCCAGUUCGUACUACCAACAAGUCAUGGUUUUAGCUUUUCCCACACUCUGCUGCAAACACACAGCAGCUUAUUCUUUCUCUCUCUCAGCCGGCCAGCUCCCCCCACUCCUCCCCCCCUCCUCUCUCUUCACGCCAGGUAGAUAUUUCCUUUAUUUCUCAGGAAGUAUUUGAUAGAUCAUUUUAUGAGGAAAUGUAUCCGCCAGCAGCUCCACAGCACAACAGCAAAACAACCCCCCCCCACCACCACCCCUCCACCACCCCGACAGAUUCGUACCAAAAUUGUAAUUUCUACCUUUGUUUUGGAGCGUCUGCCUCUCUUUACCUGCCAGCGGCCCUUUUCCCUUUCAUUAAAGGCUUCUUCUUCUUUUUUUGUUUAAAAACCACAAAUAUUGUCCUCCAAUGUUUGGAGCAGCGCCUGGAACGAGAGACCAUCUUUAUAUUUUGUAUUUGUUGGAUUAGUCGUAGUAGAUUGGAUAUUGGUUUUGUAUUUUUUUCAGAGAUGGGGAAAGCAUUUUAAAACCCAGAGGAGAACGAGGAGCCCUGUUGUUUUUAGAGAUCAGAAACUUCUCAACAGGAGUGUGCAGUGUUUUUUAUAGCCAAACAGACAGACAGACAGACACACACAGACAGACAGACAGACAGACACACAGACAGACAGACUACACGUAUUCACUCGACUGACAGUCCUGCUUUUAACCUUUUUGUUUACUCUCUUCUUUUUUUACGGGGGAAGGGACGAGAGGUCAAUCCGAGAGCCGAAAUGUGAAUCUCUCUCUGCCCCUCGACAAAAGUGUUGUAUAGACUCUCAUUCUUCAAACCUCUCCUUUUUUGUUUUGUUUUGUUUUGUUUAUUUGUUGUUGUUGUUGUCGUCAGACAGCAUGGAUUAAUGACACUUGCAAAGUGGCGGUGAAAAAGUAAAUAAUGACAUAACCAUGAAUAAAGGAUUGUAAAAUAUUAAUAAAAGAAUUACUUUUCAGAAAA